AUGCGCGUCACCUCUGCACUCACCAUCCUCGCCACCGCGCCCCUGGCGCUGGCCAUGCUCCCCUCGGGUGAGGGUCGCUGUGCCAAGAACCCGUACAAGCCCGAGGACGAGAGCCUCAAGUGCAUCUGGGGCCAGCUCGCGGCUAUCCUUGACUGCGCUGGCGAAACAUCGUGCAGCGAGGAGGGCGCGCCUUGCUACGCGGACCAGUCGUGUGAAGGCUGCGCCUGGUAUGUGCACUGCACAUAG